CGACCCCCCACGGAACCGGGCAACCACGUCACGACUCAAAACGCGUCUCGGGUCGAAGCAGAAGCGAGGCAGCGCGGCGACGGCCGCUGUCCCGGUAAGCGAAAGCGGCAGGCGCGCUGCCCGUUCUGCUCGUCUCACACGCUGCCGGCGCUUCUGCGUGGAACGUCGCGUAGAGGCGUGCGGUGGAGCUGGACCAACAGCGCUGCAACAAGUUACGUGCGUGGGUCCGACCUGCCCCGAUCCGCCGCGGGCCGUGUCCAAUCGCAAGGUGUGCCUGCGCCCCCUUGCGUCCCUUUGCUCUGCGUCUGCUGGAACUUGUGGAAGAGGCUGGACCAGGAGCGUACGUGCGCUCGUGCAUGUGUCCCUGGACCUGAGCUGGCUCGCGCUGGUGUUGUUCCUAGGUUCUCGAUGUGUCGCGCAACGCGAUGCUGUGCUGUCCCACCCGCUGCCUGUUGGUUCCUCCUUGGUCGAGUCCUGCCGCCGUCCUCUGUGCGUCUCUUCUCCUGCUGUAUAUUCCUCUGGACGCCGAGCGCCGGCCACGAGCGUGCCGCCGGGCUUGAGUAUUUUGCACACGGCGCCGUCUCCGCCACUAGUACUUCGCGCUUCCAUGCGAUCAACCGCCGCCGAUGGUUCUGCACGUCUGCCCCAGCCUGCCCGUGACUCGUCUUCGAUCCUACGACGACGCCCAUCAGCCUGCACUUGAAAAAAAUUUGCCCGACGUCGACCCCGCCGGGUGCCCUCGAGCCCGUCUCUGCAGGGGCCGCCGUGGACCCCGCAUGCUCUGUACCCCGCCAUGUGCGUCUUCCCCUCCUCGCCGUCUGCCCGCCGGGUGGAGCGUCCUCUUGUGUGCCCUCGUCAGAGAUCCGGACUGCGGAUUGCCCAGGACCGCUUUCCCGCUGGCGCUAGGGCGCGCCACCAUCUGAUCCUCCCGAACCCCCCGUCGGACGUCCACAACACAACCACACCUGCGUGGUGUCUCGCUGCGCGGGUGCCCCAGCGCCCGGGCUGGCCCCUGCGGAGCGCAGUGAUCGCGGGGCAAUCGAGGCAGGAGGAGAGGGUUGGCGGGCUCGCGAUGCCGCGCGCUUGGCGCACGGCUGACUGCCAUCC